CUAAGAUACAAUCUAUUAAAUUGAUUGUAAAAAUACUUACGCUGACUGAAAUUGUAGCCAUCGGAUUAUCAAGGUGGGGCGAAAAGACGAUUAUACCCCUCAAACUGUUGUGUUGUAUGUGAAUGUUUCACCUAACAAAAAAAUUGAUAUGGAGAAAUUUCUCUGAGAAACACAAAAUUCAAUGGCUGCAACUUCUGUUGCUGCUGUCACAUUUUCAUGGCUUUCUCCAAUACCCAACUUCAACCCCGCAUCAUCUCACUCUCAAAAGUUGAGAAUGCAAGUUCAAAGACUGUCACUUCCCAUGGCCCUUCUCUCUACACCACUUUCCUCAAACUAUCCCCUUCUUCCUAUAACCCAACUUUUCUUAUCCAAUUCGAAUUUUCCUUCUGGUCCUCUCAUAUCCAAAACAAUCUCUAUAUCACCAACCACUUUGCCUAAGUUAAUGAGUGGGGUAUCUGCUAAACAAGGAUACAGUGAUGGCGAUGGUGAUUUUGAUUAUGAUGAUGGGUUUUACAUGAGGAAGUGUGUGGAGAUUGCAAGAAAGGCUAUCGGGUGUACCAGUCCCAAUCCCUUGGUGGGUUGUGUUAUUGUCAAGGAUGGAAAAAUUGUUGGUCAAGGGUUUCAUCCUAAAGCUGGCCAGCCUCAUGCUGAGGUAUUUGCUCUUAGAGAUGCUAAAGAUUCGACUGAGAAUGCAACAGCGUAUGUAAGCUUAGAACCGUGUAACCACUUCGGAAGAACUCCACCGUGUACUGAGGCUCUCAUUAAAGCCAAAGUGAAAAGGGUUGUGAUUGGAAUGGUAGAUCCAAAUCCACUUGUAGCAUCGAAAGGGGUUGAGAGACUCAGAAAUGCUGGGAUUGAAGUUACUGUAGGGAUCGAAGAAGAGCUAUGCAAGAGCUUGAAUGAGCCUUUUAUCCACCUAAUGCUCACUGGGAAGCCUUUCGUCACGCUUAGAUACUCACUCUCAGUCAAUGGCCAAAUUGUAGACCAGCUCGGAGAAGGAUCUACAGAGUCCGGUGGUUACUACUCGCAGUUGCUGCAAGAAUAUGAUGCUGUUAUAGUUUCAUCUGCCUCGAUAACUGACAAGCUAUCAAUUCCUCAAUCUCAAGAACCCGGAGCCAAUCAACCACUGUGGAUCAUUACAACAAGUAAUAAUAAUAACAAUACAUCUUUGGAUAAAAUAUUUGAUUUGCCCAUAAAAGAAGCAUCUACUAAGGUGGUAGUUUUCAGUAACCAAGAGAUAGUAGUAAACCCGAAAAUCGUUAAGAGAGAAAUAGAAACAGUAGUUUCGAAUCAAAUCAGCUUGAACACCAUUCUCGAAUACAGUAAGCGCCAAGGGUUUUGCAGUGUUUUGUUGGAUUUGAGAGGAAAUGUAGAUGAUAUUAAUGAGCUAGUGAAAGAGGGUAUUGAGCAAAAUUUGUUGCAAAAGGUUGUGAUUCAUGUGUUGCCUCAGUGGGUUGAAAAGGAUGGUGAGAACUCUUGUGUUGCAGCUCUGAGCAAUCUGGAUAAGAGUUUGGACAUUAAGAAAUUGAAGCCUAAAAUUUCUGGUAAGACUGUUUUACUUGAGGGAUAUUUUUGAGUGAAAAAUUGAGAAAUUAUGUUUAAUAGUAACAUUAGUUUUUGGAAUUUAUAUUUAUUAGCCAUUAAGAACAUUUAGAGUUAGUUGUUUUUAUUGUUGAAUUUAACUUUGUAAUGCUCUUUGGUGUUGAAUUUAAUAUCAAUAUUCUUUUUAAAUUUAAAAUAA